GUAUUUGUGUCGUGACUCGUGAGGUUAGAGGUAGAAUUAGAAAGAAGACAGUGACUGUGAGAGGAAGAAAGAGAGAAAAUGAGAUAUGCUGGAGGAAGAAGGAGGCGAGUACCACUGAAACCAUUACUUGUUUUCUGCGGCGUUUUCGUCACUGGUUUGGGGCUGUUGAUGCUGCAGCUCAAGUCCUUGGAUUUCGAGUUCCGAGCUUCCAACAAUGGCUCCAGCUCGAAAGACAUGGCGGCAGCUUCUUGGCGUGCGGCCGACACCACCGUCAAGAAGCCGUGCCUGACGGUGGAAGAGAUGGGGAAGGAUUUCAGAAGAGGUGUUGGGAAGGAAUCACUGAGAGUGAGAACGAUUAUUCAGAAACAUUUUGUUGCCAACGGUGCUUCAAGAGUCAGGGAUCUGCCCCCAGAGCAGUUCUGUAGUCAUGGCUUUGUUCUGGGGAAGACAUCCGAGGCAGGUUUUGGGAACGAAAUGUACAAGGUCUUAACUGCUGCAGCACUUAGUGUAAUGUUAAACCGGUCCUUGAUCAUUGGCCAAACCAGAGGAAAAUAUCCUUUUGGGGACUACAUUUCUUAUUCCAACUUUACCUUUACGAUGAAAGAAAUCAAGCAUCUGUGGAGAAGCAAUGGUUGUGAAAGCAAAUAUGGACGAAAACUGGUUAUUAGGACUGAUGAUUUUGAAAAACCAGUUGAAACAAAUGUUCUAUGUAGCAAUUGGAUUAAAUGGAAGCAACCUAUCAUAUGGUUUCAAGGAACUACUGAUUCUGUGGCGGCACAAUUUUUCUUAAAGAAUAUACACUCUCGGAUGAGGAUUGCUGCUCUUGAUUUAUUUGGUGAUCCACAAGUUUUAGGAUUACGACCAAACGUAUUUGGGGAGCUCAUGAGAGUUCUCAUAUCUCCAUCAGAAGAUGUUGAGGCUGCUGUCAAUUGGGUUAUUGGGGGUGGGAAGAUUCCUGACAUCUCAUUGCAUAUGCGGAUGCUUAUGAACAGGUCUGUAAGAGCUGUACAGGCAGCAUUGCAUUGCAUAAAAAAAGCCAUACGGAGUCAUCACCUAAUUUCAUCAAGACCAAGGGUGGUUCUUGUGUCAGAUACACCUUCUCUUGUUAAGAGUAUCAAGUCUAACAUAAGUGAAUUUGCGGAGGUUCUUCAUUUUGAUUAUGAAAAAUUCAGAGGAAGUAUAUUUAAAGGUUUGCAAAAUUCAAAUUUUAGAAGGAAGGAUUGGGGCACAGCACCUAGAUGGGUUGCUUUUGUUGACUUUUUUCUUGCAUCUCGUGCAAGAUAUGCUACCGUUUCUGGAGCACAUCGGCGUGUUGGGACUACCUAUGCUCAAUUAAUUGCUGCAUUGGCGGCAACAUACAAUCUGGGGGACAACUCGUCUAGUUCAGGGUUUUUGUUCUUGAGCAGUUUCCAGAGUAACUUGUUGAAAGAUGGCCUGAAGAAUCAGAUUGGUUGGGGACAUGUGUGGAACAGAUAUGGUGGACCUUUGAGUUGUCAUAACCAGGGAAAUCAAUGUGCCUUCACACCAGUUCUUCCUUCUGCUUGGUGGGAAGGUCUUUGGCAGUCUCCCAUACCAAGGGAUAUUAACCGUCUUGCCUCCUAUGGCAUUCGAUUAUCUGGUCUCGGCACAGUUGAUAACAAUUCACUUCAAAAUCACUGUAAGAAAAGGAAAAAUGUUGUAAGAACCAUUACACUCAAAUUGUAGUGUUUGGAAAUUGGAAGGCACGUUUCAUAAUAGUAGUAUUUUUGUAUAUAUCCGAUUCUUUGCUAGCUGUAUCUCCAAAACUUGUUGGAUAGACAUAAUAAUAGUAUUUUUGUAUAUAUAUGAUUCU